GCAUCGCUCUUCUUUGGGCCACCGCCUGCAAACCCAGCAAACCUCACCUGAAUCCAUUAUUAAAACCUUCCCCACCACCAUAUUCCUCAGUUCUCAUUUCCCUUUCUUUUUUUCUCUCUAUACAUAUAGCUUUAAAUGGAUUUGUGGGUGUAAUAUUUGUGUCUUCUCAACACGUAUAAUAUUGGCUUGCAACUGGAUUUUUGCAGAGGAAAAGCUUGUAGCCAUGGAUAACUCUAAAGAAAAUGGAUUUGACGCUGAGUUUGAUUCCAGUUUGAGCUUCCCAGCUGAGUUCCCUUACGAGUUUGCCUCGUUCGGUUCUUCUUCUGAUGUUGGCUCUAGUGAGACGGAGAGCAGCGACGAGGAUGAUUUUCUAGCUGGCUUGGCUCGGCGCUUGACUCAGCAAAUCGGUGGUGAGCCUAUUAAGAAGAAGUGGGUCAUGGCCGGGUCACCCGAGUCGACACUUAGUGGAAUUGGGUGUUGGUCAGCUUCGAGCAACGGCAGCCCAAACGGCGAGUUGUCACCUCCAACGACCCCAUUUGCAGCAAAAAACGAUUCAUGGGAAUUAAUAUAUGAAGCUGCUGGUCGUAUUGAUAGGUUAAAGAUGAGCAAUGAAGGCGACAAGAACUGUAACUAUCAAGGAAGGGGAUUGCUGGGUUAUGCUGCAGGGAAAAUUCAGAUAACUGGGUUUUCCUCAAGCAAGAGUUCUGGUCACACUGUUCCGCACUUGAAUCAGUAUCAGAAUCAAGUUAGGCAAAACCAGGUGGUAAUGAAUCCCCAGCUGCAAGCUCAGCCCUGGCAAGGCCACCAAAUACGAAGCAGAGUGCAUCCCCUGGGUCUGCCACAGUCGGCUUGGCCAUCCCUUCAAGUUCAAUCAAAUCAGCACCAGAACCAACACCAUCAGCAAUCACACCACUCUAGUUCAUGCAAGAAAACUCCUUUUCUUGGUGGCUUUAGUGCGAAAAGAGAGUGUACUGGCACUGGCGUUUUCUUGCCUCGCAGAUAUGCGAAUUCUUCCGACUGUAACAAGAAAUCAGGCAAGGUUGUUCAGGCUCAAAAAUCUAACCUUGAGCACAUGAACAUACAGAAUCACGCCCUUAAUAGUGGAUUUGCGUCUCAUCAUGAUGCUAUGAUGGCGAGAAGAAAUGCUCUAAUGUCAAAGCAGAAAAGAAAUUUAAGCCAUGAGAGUGUGCUUAAUCAUGAAAUAGUUCUACCUCAAGAGUGGAUAUAUUGACCCAAGAUUCAUGUAUAAGGUAGAAGCAAGCAUACAGGCAGUAGAUCCAUAGGGUUUUAUGGAGUUUGGUUUUGCAAGAAGAAAACAGAAAAGGGUUCAGGAGUGGAUGUAAUUUACAGGAAAUAAAGGCAAUAAACCCUGGUUUUUUGGGAGAAGUUUGCAUCAGUUUGUUAAGAAGGAAAAUAGCUAGAAAAGCACAAAUAGAAGAAGGAUAUGUAUUUAAUUUAUUGUAAUGGUAACUAAUAAGAGGGUUAUGCCCUCAUUUUCUUAAUAUUAUUUAUUUUUUGGUUGUGAAA